GUUGACCAGUUGCUCCUCCCUUGGCACUAAAGAGUUCUAGGAGCUUUGGGGUGUGCUUGUCCAGCUGUGACAUAAACGUUGCUUCCAGGGAAACCGCAGUACAUCUUCGGAACUCCUCGUUUACCUCUGCGUGUGUGGACUGGUGACGGCACACAACAUCCUCCGCUUGAACAGCACAGAACAAUGACACGUUAUCAGAGAUUACCUUCCGAGUCUGAAACUGAUGGUUCUAAAGAUGACAACGGGCGGGGUGUGGUUAGCUGGGCUCUGGGCUUGAUUAAGAGCUACUGGAAACCUGUACUAUUCGUUUUGUCUGUUGGAUUGAACAUAUUUUUGGGAUAUUAUUUUAAAGAUUUUAAUAAAAAAUCACCAAAAUGCAUAAUUGGCAAAGUAUUUAAAGAGAAGUCUCUGGAAAAUGACACUAUCCUGUCUCUGGAAAGUGACACUAUCCUGCUAAUAUGGUUGUGGCCAUUUGGAAAUCAUUUUGACCUAAAUUCCUGCAGUUCCAAAUUUAAUAUUGACGGCUGCUACUUAACUGCAGAUAGAGAUCUCUACAGUAAGGCCCAUGGAGUACUUAUUAAUCACAGAGACAUUAAAACUGAUCUGUCGAAUUUACCUACACAACCACGGCCUUUCUUCCAGAAAUGGAUAUGGAUGCACUUUGAGUCCCCACAAAACACGAGACGACUUGAGGGUCUGGAGAACUUGUUUAAUGUGACAAUAAAUUACCGGCGGGAUGCUGACAUUGUCCUUCGUGAGCAAAUAAUGUUUAAAUCUGAUGGUUCUGAAGAUGAGAUAUUCCCACAAGUUCUGGACAAAAAGGACAAGUUAGUUUGCUGGAUUGUGAGCAACUGGAAUGACAACCACAAAAGGGUAAAAUAUUAUAAUGAGCUAAAACAGCACAUCGACAUUUAUGCUCUUGGGCGGCAUUUUGGAAAAGCAAUAGGUGAUGACGAAUACAAGAAAACAUUGACAAGAUGUAAGUUCUAUCUAUCAUUCGAGAACACAGAUGGUCACUAUGACUACAUGACUGAAAAGCUGUUCAAUCCGCUCAAACUAGGAUCAGUCCCAGUGGCUCUUGGGGCUCCACGAUACAUAUAUGAACGCUUUGUGCCAAAAGAUGCUUUCAUUCACAUAGACGAUUUCUCCAGCCCUAAAGAACUAGCUGAACACCUGCUGUCAUUGGACAAAAAUGUUACAGAAUACAAAAAGUAUUUUCUUUGGCGAAAACAUUUUGAUAUAAAGUCUGUUGAUUAUCCUGAAGAGCAUGCAUGCCGCACUUGUCAAUAUAUACGUAACCAUAAAUAUUAUCAGGUUUUUGUAAACCUGAACAAAUGGUACUUUGGUGGCAUCUAAGAUGGUGCCUAAAUAUCAUAAUGCCUUUUCUGUGACAGAAUGAUUUUGCUACUGACAAAAGACUGGAUCAAUGACAAACCCCAAAAUGCUCUUGAGAUUUUGUUAUUUUGUAAUUAUUGUGUAUGAUUUUUUAUGCUGUAACCUUACCAGAUUGUUCUGUUCUCUAUCUUUGAAGGUGAAAGGGGUAAAUAUUGUGCCACUGGUAGUACCACAUUAAAUAAGAAAAAGUACUGUUUCCAAACUGUUUUUUUUUAUUUUUGUAUGCUUUUACAAAAUGCAAAAUAAAAACUUGUCAUAAUAAAGUCUGAACUUUCUCCUUUUUCAUGACAUCAUUAUUUCAAUAUGUAUUAAAAUAUUUGGGUUACUUUAAAGCAUUGUUUGUACAUCAUGUUACUGGGAAACCACAAUGUUACAUUAAUUGUUAGGUAAGCAAUCUCAGUGUAUGUCAUUCUGCUUUAAGUAGAUAUCAACACAGUCACCAAACAGGCUAAAUGUCUUGUCCAGGUG